AGACGUAGUUUCUUCGGAAGUUAGUAAUAUGAUUCCAAUAGCAGCAUUGGGUAUCAUUAUACUAACUCUUAUAUUUUAUCUUGGAACAUUAAAACCUAAAGGAUAUCCACCUGGUCCACGAUGGUGGCCAAUACUAGGUUCUGCUUUAGAAGUAGCACGAAUUAGAAAGAAAACAGGAUACUUAAAUAAAACUUGCACAGUUCUUGGUGAAAAAUAUGGCCCUGUUGUAGGAUUAAAAAUAGGUAAUGAUCGAAUUGUUGUGCUGAAUGAUUUAGAGAGUAUGAAGUCCAUGUUAAUGAAUGAUGAUUGUGAUGGAAGACCUGUUGGACCAGUUUAUGAAGCCAGAACUUUCGGAAAAAGAUUAGGAGUUCUUGUAACUGAUGGAAAUUUGUGGAUUGAGCAAAGACGUUUUGUUCUUCGCCAUUUACGUGAUUUUGGAUUUGGAAAAAAUAAUAUGGCAACAAUGAUUGAAGAAGAGGCUUCGUAUUUAGUAAAUAAUUUGAUGAAACGCCUUGAAAGUGAGAACUCCAAUCGGAUAAUUGAAGAUGAUAUAAAAUUAAAUCAUAAUACCAACAAUUCUGGAAGAAUAUAUCAACUUACUAAUCACGAACUGAAGCAAAAACAUCCUCUUAACUGGAAUCAAGGUUCUGAUAUUUUAGGUCAAAAAGAUUUAAAAAAAUCGAUAACUAUUGAAGACAUGUAUGUUAAAGCUGAACAAUAUGAUGAUGUUCGCAAGGUUUCAAGAUCUCCAGAACUCAUUAUUCAGAUGGAUGAUGUUUUUGGAGUUCCUAUUCUCAACACUUUAUGGAGAAUGAUGGCUGGAAAGCGAUUCAAUCAAAACGAUAAACAACUUAAUCAUUUACAGAAAAUUCUUACUACUUUAUUAAGAGAAGUAGACAUGAUUGGUGGUUUGUUUGGUCAUUUUCCAAUCUUAAGAUACAUUGCACCUGAAGCUUCUGGUUAUAAAAAAUUUAUAGAGACUCAUCAAGAAUUGUGGGCCUUCUUAAAUGAAGAAUUAAUAGAGCACAAUAAAAAAUUUGAUCCAGAUGUUCCAAAGGAUUUGAUGGAUUGUUAUUUAAAAAUGUUAAAAUCAGAGUGUAUAGACGAAACCUUUUCAGAACCACAGCUCUUAGCUAUAUGUGUUGAUUUAUUUAUGGCUGGCUCCGAAACGACCACAAAAGCAUUAAACUUUUGCUUUUUAUAUUUGGUACUUUAUCCAGAGGUCCAGAAAAAAGCACAAGAAGAAAUUGAUCGAGUCAUUGGUCGUGAUCGGUUUCCAAGUCUGUCUGAUCGACCAAGAAUGACUUACGUGAAUGCUAUAAGUUUAGAAUGCAUUCGAAUUUUUAUGGGAAGAACAAUGAACAUUCCUCAUCGUGCACUGAGAGAUACUUUUAUACAAGGCUACAGAAUACCUAAAAAUACUAUGAUUGCUGCAAACUUUAGUAGAAUUUUGAUGGAUGAGUCUUGGGGUGAUCCUGAAGUUUUCCGUCCUGAAAGAUUCAUCGAUUCUGAAGGAAAUAUUACUGUUCCUGAACGAUAUAUGCCAUUUAGUAUUGGAAAACAUAAGUGCAUGGGAGAAGUGUUGGCAAAAAGUAAUAUUUUUGUUUUUACUGCUGCUCUUUUACAAGCAUUCACAUUUUCCGUAGUUUCUCCAGACGAGAAACCAUCAACUGAAUUUGAAGAUGGUGUUACAGCAAGUCCACUUCCAUUUAAAGUAUUGAUUAAAAGACGAGUUUAACAUGAUUUAUAUAGCAAUAAGUUACUGUUAUUUCUGUUUAUUAGUUAAGUAUAAGUAUAAAGUUAAUAAUUAAUUCUUAUUGCUGAACUGUUCUCUAAAUAGUCCUUCAUCAAUCCUAGUCACACUCGACCAUGGACAAUUCAACAAAUCUCCAUGAAGAAAUUGUUUUUUAAUAAUUUAAAGUUUUUCAAAAAUUUUGGUUUUUCAAUUCAUCACAUUCUUUAUUGUAAAUUAAAUGUUCCAGAGUACACAAAUAUACAUAAUAGUUAUAAUUAUUAUGACACAUAUUAAUUCCAAAUAUGAAAAUGUUUAAU